CCUAAGGUGGCUCAGCCACUGGUUGGGAAUAGCCCCCACUCCACCCUCUAUAUAUUUAUUGAUGUAGCCCUGCUUGCUGUUUCAUUUCAUCUGGCUUAUUUCUUGGCAUAUUCUCAGACGAGAAGCCAUGAAUGUUGAUGAUGCAAUUGAAAAUCCAACCAGGCUAGAGGGAAGGUAUGGCGCAAUGGUAACUUGUUGGAUUCUUGGACUCGGCUCUCUUGUCUCCUGGAAUACUCUGUUGACAAUAGGAGACUACUACUAUGCAUUGUUCCCGGUAGAUAUACUACUGCAAAUCGAAAGUUUAUUAAGUCCAUUACAAGCUGUUUGAUCCUCUGUCACUUCAAUUUAUGACCCUUGAGAGUUAAGACUCCAUGUUAGUAUGCUUUCCUAGGGGGAUAUUAAAUGUUUGGUUUAUCAAUGGCUUCUCUGCAUAGAGAUUUUAUCUUCCCACAGUAUGCUUGGAUCCCAGAUAAUGACAGAGUUUCCAGUUCCAUGAGAGCUGAAAAUAAUAUAGGAUUCCAUAAAGAGUACCUUUCCCAUUUUUCGAAAAAUAUCAAGGACAAAUUCCCUACCACGAUAUCAACAGAAUAAACUCAUAGCUUCCUGAAUGGUGUUUCCAAUUUCAUUGGCUUCUCUACUGUCUUCAUCCUCUCCUUGAGGCAUCCAUUGCAUCGGCAAUUGAAUGUCACAGAUUCACAUAUCAAAUGAAUACCAUCCGGCAAGGGUUCUCACCAUGGUUUAUCAACCAUUUGCACUUGGAACAAUGGCAACACUUGCACAUUUUGAGGCCAAGGUUGAUACUAGGCGACGGAAUUUAUUUGGAUACAUUGUUUUCUUCUUCGGUACUUUGGCACUCCUAGUUUUAGAUUUAGCCUCAUCAGGGAAAGGCGGGAUUGAAAAUUAUAUAGGUAUAUGUGUCAUUGUCGCUUCCCUUGGAGUCGCAGAUGCCUAUGUUCAAGGUGGGAUGGUCGGAGACCUAUCCUUCAUGUGUCCUGAGUUCUUGCAGUCCUUUUUAGCUGGUGUAGCUGCAUCAGGGGCUCUCACUUCUGCUUUGAGGCUAGUCACAAAAGCGGUCUUUGAAAAAUCUGAUAAUGGUCUUCGCAAAGGGGCUACUCUAUUCCUUUCCAUCUCCACACUUUUGGUGUUUCUAUGCAUUCUUCUGUACGCAUUCUACUUCCCUAAAUUACCAAUCGUGAAGCACUACCGCUCAAAAGCAGCCUCAGAAGGAUCGAAAACUGUUUCAACUGACCUUGCUGCUGCUGGCAUCCAAACACAAGAAAGCAAAAUAACUGAUGCUACAAACUCAAAGCAAUUGAGCCAUAAACAAUUGUUGUUACAGAACAUAGACUAUGCCAUAGAUCUGUUUUUGAUAGCUUCCGUAUCUUUAUCAAUUAUGCCUGGGUUCUUAUAUGAAAACACUGGAAUGCAUCAUCUGGGCUCAUGGUAUGCUAUUGUCCUAAUAGCAAUGUACAACGUGGGGAAUCUGAUAUCAAGAUACAUUCCUCUCGUGAAAAAGCUCAAGUUGGAAUCUCGAAAGGGCCUUAUGUUUGCAACCCUAUUGCGUCUCUUGUUUAUCCCUUGUUUUUACUUCGCUGCAAAAUAUGGUGAUCAAGGACCAAUGACAAUGCUAACAUCCUUCUUGGGAUUGACCAAUGGUUACCUAACUGUUUGUGUCCUUACAGCAGCUCCCAAAGGCUACAAGGGUCCGGAGCAAAAUGCAUUGGGGAACUUGCUAAUACUAUGUCUAAUAGGUGGCAUACUUUCAGGGGUUUCUCUUGAUUGGUUAUGGCUCAUUGGCUCAAAAGAAAAAAUCAUUUGAGAGUAUUUUCUUGUUCAUGAUCUACAUAGUUAAGUCAUUUCAAUCAAUUACAGAACUUCUUAAGUUCAAUGGAGAUGAAAUCGGUACCAUGAACCGCCGUUGGUGAAGAUUAUUGGCAAGACAGAAGCGAAAACUUACAGCAUCAACAAUAUACUGCUUGAGACAAUUUCCAUCUCUCAAAGUAGAUCAUUUAAUAUCUUGAAUGCUACUGUUUUUUUCUCAUAUAUUCUGUAAGGUAAUUCAAAAAUUAGCUUGUGAAGUCAUGGUGAUUAACAAAGCCAAAGAUCAAUGUUUUAUGACGAUGCACAGUGGAAGAUUGUGAACUAACAGAACAUUAUGUUCACUGUAUUAUAUUCAAUAUGAAUCCGACAUGUUG